AUGUCUGCUUCCAUUACUCAGAAUUCAAAUAUUUUAAAAAAUAAGAGUGUUGGUUACUACAACAAUUCAAGUCCCUUAAAAUUUUUUUAUUCGAAUAUUGACUUAACUAAAGAUGUUAAGCCAAACGACGUUGUGGUUAAGGUUAAAGCAGCAGCCUUAAAUCCUGUUGAUGCUUUGUUAUACUCAUUGGCUAAUCCGAUUCCUGUUUUAAAUAAAUUUAAUAAUAAAUUGAAUAUUUUCGGAUGUGAUUAUGCUGGGGAAAUUGUGGAGGUUGGCUCAAAUAUUCAGAAAUUAAAAAAUUAUAAAGUUGGAGACCUAGUUAACGGUGUCCUUGGUGUAAAUCCAUUGCAAUUAAGUAAACAAGGUAGUUUAACUUAUUAUUUAAUUAUUGACGUUUUGAAAAAUAAAGAAAAUAUCUCAAAACUUUCCACUUUACCUUUAGAUAUUUCUAAAAAUUUAGAAUUUCAUGAUAAAUUUGUUAUUGCCUCUUCUUGGCCAUUAGUAUUUCAAACUGCAUAUUUAAUGUUGUAUGGUCAUGGCCAAGUCCCAUCCACUUUGAAGCCUGGUGCAACUAUAUUGGUCUUCGGGGCUGCUACAGCAGUUGGUAACGCAUUGGUGCAAAUUGCUAAAAAUGAAUUAAAAGUAUCCAAAGUGGUAGGUACAUGCUCAUCAUAUUCAAUUGAGAAUAGAGAUACUCAAAUACACUCCGCCUUUGAUCAUUUGAUUCCUUAUGAUGAUCCUACUACAUCUGUUAAAGAUCAUAUUUUAGAAUAUAUUAAAAAAGAAUCUAUUAAUCAUAACGGUAAAUUCGAUUUAAUUGCUGACUGUGUUGGUUCAUCCGAUGUUGUUGAUAUUCCUGAACAAGUUUUAAAUAAUAAUAAAACGUCUCAUUAUGCAACUUUGGUUGGUGAUAAUAAGUUUAACUAUAAUUCAGCUACAUUAAUUGAUUUCAUGAAACAAUGGAAAAUUGCUAAAAGAAUUAUACUAAGAAGGAAAUGUUUAAAUAAUUAUUCUUAUUCCCUUGACAUGUUACGUGGUAAAGAGGAUGCUAUGAUUUUGGCAAAUAAAAUGAUUUCUCAGGGAACUUAUAUUCCUAGAAUUGAUUCUGUUUAUGAUUUAGAUAAUUUUCAAGCAGCAGUUACAAGACUUUCAUCCAGCAAGGCCAAAGGUAAAGUCGUAAUUACUAUUGAUGAUUGA